UUCCUGACUGAGGUAAAUAGCCUAUUACUUCUUGACGGCAUGAAGGAGGAGGAUCUACACGAUCCGUUUUUUCUACCGUUAACGGAAUUUGUCGCUAAACCACGCGACCGACGGUUCCUCUACAUCGUCGGCAAAAUGCUCAAACUCGACUGGCUGAAUUACAGGACUCUUGAAGAUGUCACAACAAUUCUGUCACUUCUGCUGCCCUCUUUUGCCUGCCAAUGUGUAGAAAACAACGACCUGGUGUGUUUACAGGAGAUCCUAGACAUGAUGGACGUGGACGCUGAAGAUUAUGAUGGCAACACUGUCAUGCACAGAGCUUGUGAAAAGGGGAUCACUUAUAUAGUAAAGCAUUUAUUGUCUAUUGGAGCAUCAUGCCAUAGGGUAAACCGUUCUGGUUGUACACCUCUGCAUCUUGCCAUAAAAAACAAACACAUUGAUGUAAUCAAGAUUUUGAACAGAGAAGGAGCAACAAUAACUCUAAAGCCUGUGCAAGUUGGCAUUGAACUUAUUAAGGCAGUUUGGCUUAAGGACUGUAAGCUUUUGCAUGCGUGGUAUUUAGCCGGUGCAGACAUGAACCAGGAUGAUUACAAUGGACAAACUGCUUUACAUGUAGCUGUGGAGAAGAGGGACAAGCACAUGGUUUCCAAACUUCUUGAAUAUGGCGGUUCUCCUGAGGUAUAACA